GUAGGAGAGGAGUAUAGAAAGUCAAAUCUUGAAAAACUACUCUUGAAAGUCAACAUUAUCCGCCUUCAAUUUUGGCCAACUUUAUUAAAUUAAUACUAUUUACUAUAUUUUGUGCAAACUAGUCCAGCAACCUAUUCCUUCUUAUCUCUGGUAUUUUUCCAAACCGGUGUGCUUCGAAAAAGUCCGAAAGCUACGUCUCUCUCGAUCGUUCUUACCUUCUACACGUACCAGAGUACAGUCAAAUGCUUAUUAAUUUCUUGAACGAACACUCUACAAAACCAUAUUAAUUCGCCACCAACCAAAAAACCUCCACAACUCCUCUCGAUUUUAUCACAAAACCCAAUUAGAAAUUAAUUAAUUCUCUUCAUUAAUUAAUUUAUUUAUGUCCACAAAUGAAUAAUUAAUUAAUACCCAGUUCUAAUUUUAUUCAUUGGGGGUAAUCGGAAUAUAUAUCGUUCUACUCUUUUUCACCACUAGUAUAUCUCUUUCAUUCUCUAACUCCGUUUCAGUAUUUCAAUCGAACACUUGGAAGGGAAUAAAAUUUAAAGAUGAAGACGAAAACACAUAACAAAAGCAAAUUCAUGAAAAUUAUCACAACACCCUUUAGAGCUUUGGGGAAAGCAAGAGACUUAUACGUACGGAGCAUGAAUUCAGCUGAGAAAUUGAGCUAUGCCAGCACCAUGGGUGGCCCAGCAGGCCAGUUCGACGGCCUGCCUAAGAGUUUCAGCGUCAGAUCGUCGAGGUCAACAGACACCAAAGACGACGACUACGCCGAGCUCGUUAGAGCAGCUUCCGCCAGGAGUUAUGGCGGCAGAAUUGACGUGGAUACGAUUCUACGACAACAGUUGAGAGAAGAGGCAGCAAAAACUACACUUUCUUCUAGUACUACUGGGGGAGCUAGGGGUUUGCCCAAGUGUAGCAGCGUCGGCAUGGGUAAAAUCGACGAAGAAAAAGCUGUUGAUCAGUUUGGGGAAGAGGGAGAUGGUGCUAAGCCCAAAUUGAUGUACCCGAGAAGCAGAAGCUACGCCGUUGCUAAAAGAGGUCCUGUGUACUGAAUAAAAUAAUUGAUUAUUUAAUUUUCUGGAAUGAAAUUAUGGACUAUUAAAAGCUUAAUUGCUUUAGUUAGUUAGCUUUGUUUUGUUUUUCUUUUUUUUUUUUUUUUUAAGGUAAAAAUUGAAGAUUAUAAAGGCAAAAGGUAUAAAUCUUUUUCAUUACAUGUAUGUGGUGUUGCUUUGUGCAGGACUAUAAUCCUCUUUCUAUAGUUUCAUGUUAUUUGUAAUUGUCUUCUUUGAAUGUUUGUUUCAUUGUGAUGAUCACUUAAUAUAUUUACUAGCUAAUAUAUUCAAUUGCA